AUGUAUCGACAUUUUUAUGCGUACGUCUACAGUAGUGUGAACUGCAGUUCACCUACAGCAAUGGUAAGCCUCCUCUCUCAGGACCCCAACUUGUUCCUCAUGAUGAUGAUCCUCGGCUGUGCUUCAACAACGCUUCAGCAAGGUGACGCUUUAUUGGUUCCGUGCUCUUCUUUUGUUGGCGCAGCUGAUCACUCUUCGCGCUGCCACGUCAGGACAACACCAGCGAUCUCGGACAAUCAAAGCACCCUUCAGACCCUUCAGACCGGUGAAGCUGCACGCUGGAUCAUGACUGAGACCGUCUGCCCUGUUGUAUCUGCUGCCCAAGCAUAUAGACUCCUACACCUGACUGGCAGCUUCACGAUGGAGCAGGUUCUAGACGGCGGCGCCUCUCGGACAAUUCCGGGGGGCUGGCUCUAUCUGCUCUCCCAGCAGUCCCUACAAAGCCUGCAACUGUAUGGAAGCACAAACGGCUAUGGCUUUAAGGUGCUGAUCCCUCUCAUUGCCCGGUGA